GGGAUAGAUAGACUCAAAGGCCCCCCCAAAAAAAAAAAAAAAGAUAGAUGGACUGGAAGGGGAGUAGCAAGUAUAGAAGAAACAAUUGAACCACAUAAUGAGGCACGAUAAAAGAUGUUUUAAUAACAAUGACAGUUUUUGAUGAAGAGUAUUGUCUCAAUACUUUCAUAUUUUAAAGAGUUUGAUAUCAAAUGCUUAUAACAGAAAGUGAAAACACAACACUAGGAACUCUAUGCAAUAGGAACUGCUACAAAGGGAAUUCAGUAAUAAAUUUAAAUUAAUAAUUAAUAGCCUUUUUUUGUUUUCCUUUUUACAUUUUUUCACUCUUUUCUGAGAGAGAAAAGGGAGAGGGUGAGGAAUGAUAUUCAGAUUUGAUCUACUGGCCUUAUCAUGUUUCCACAAUGUUUUAGCUAACUUUGUUUCAGAUUUGCACAUCAAUCAUUGUCCUACUAAGAACAAUUGAUUUUGGCCUGCAGGAUGCUAACCUUAUAAUGCUUGCAUUAGCAUUACAUGAAGUACAUUUUUCAAUUCUAAGGGAGGUAAAUAUGAGAAUACCUUUAAUCCAUUAUUUCUAUUUUGUUUUUUUGGUAAAUUUGUACCUUGGAUUCUUACUCUUCAUUUCUGGAGCAAUGAAAUUAUAUUAUUAGUUUCAUUGUUAUUAGGAUGUUCCGACCCAAGAGCACCAGCCUGCCAAUCAGCCCCAACAUUUUCUCAAACAGAAUCAUCUCAUGUUAAAGAGAUAUAGGAAGUCAUUUUCUGUGGUUCCUUUUGCCAAUUAGUGUAUAACAUUAAAAGUAUAUACAUAGCUGUUAAGAGAUAUUGGCACUAUUUAAGGGUAAGUAGAUAUAUACAUAUUAAAGUUCAUAACUGAAAGAGUUCACUCAGAAUUUAAAAUUAAAUGACAAAAAGAAUGGUGUUGCUAAAAUGAUCUUUGUAAUGUGUAAUUUCUUUACUGAUGCCUAUUUACCGAUGGUGAAUUUAAAGGGAGUCUCUAAAAUGAUUUUUGAACACCUGCUGAUAUUGUGAAUUUAAGGAGGGUUGCUUGGCAAUUCAUAGGAAAUUCUUUUCAAACCCUCCUAUCUUCCCUUUUUUUUGUUUGGCAUUUUUGAAGUAAUUAUCGAGUUCAAUUUAGAAUAUUAGAUGAGGAUCAAGGCUUUACACUAAAAGCACUUGAUAAUCUGUUUUGAAAGAGGGUUUAGAAGGUUUUAAUUAUAUGUUUAUGGUCAAACUGGUACAGGCAAAAAUACGUGAUGGAGGAAUGCAUAUUUCAAACGUAACAAAUUCAUCCCAUGUAUACCUCAAUUACGUUCUCCAUUUUUUUAUUCAUUUGUUUACCCAAGGAAUUCUAAAUUGUGUAUUUCAAAUAAAUGGUAGUCUGAGCA